CCACAGUGAGCGCUGAGUUUGACAGGAGUAUAACAACACUUGAACUUCACUCAAAAGUUUGCUCUCGACACUGAUAGAAGCGAAAAAGCGAAUUCCAGGACACUUCCAGGCAAUUAUGGAGCGCCCCAAACAGAAACCGAUGAAUCAAAACGAAAAAGAAACUGACGGAGCGAUCAACGGACACUUUGACAGCCGGGUAAAGAUGCCCGGAUGGAAAGCUGGAGGUGCCGCCGGGGACCCGAGCACUGUGCCGACCUCCAGCGUGAUGGAGAGCUGGCGAGAAGAGCGCACCCGGAGCCUGGAGGACAACGAGAUGAGCCUGCCCAGCAUCGCCGCGGCUUACACCACCAUUCUCCGGGGUCUCGGGGAGGAUCCGCAGCGCCAGGGGCUCCUCAAAACUCCCUGGAGAGCCGCGACCGCCAUGCAGUUCUUCACUAAGGGAUACCAGGAGAAAAUCAUCGAUGUCCUGAAUGACGCAAUCUUUGAUGAAGAUCACGAUGAGAUGGUGAUUGUGAAGGACAUCGACAUGUUCUCCAUGUGUGAACAUCAUUUAGUUCCCAUUUUUGGCCGGGUGCAUAUAGGUUACCUUCCAAACAAGAGGGUUCUUGGCCUGAGUAAAUUAGCACGAAUCGUUGAGAUAUACAGCAGGAGAUUGCAAGUUCAGGAGCGUCUGACCAAACAGAUCGCUGUGGCCAUCACUGAAGCUCUACAGCCUGCUGGUGUCGGGGUGGUGGUCGAAGCUACCCACAUGUGUAUGGUCAUGCGCGGCGUCCAGAAGAUGAACAGCAAAACUGUGACCAGCACCAUGUUGGGUGUUUUCCGCGAGGAUCCCAAGACACGGGACGAGUUCCUAACCCUCAUCCGGAGCUGAGAGGAUCUGAGCGGUCCUCCCUUGCCAAAACACUCUGACCAACCCUGCUCUCCAGCGCCUCCUUGGACUCCAGGACUCAUGUUCUGUGGUUCUGCCUGCGGUCGAGGCUUUGCUGCUGUGUAACAUAGAGCUUAUUUGGGUAACACGUCUCCUCUGUAUUACCUGUGUGUGUGUGUGUGUUUACUAGUUUAUGUGGUUUAUGAGGAUGAAACUGUAUUAAAACAUCAGUAUGACCUAGUUGUAUGGUUUACAGGGACAUAUCUUUAAUUUAAAACACUUAAAAAUCCUACUUCCUGGGGUGUUUUGAUAUUAAAAUUGAGCCAUGUUUGUUGUGAGAGUUGAGUUUAGGGGUAGGGGUAUGGUAAGGCCAUAUAAUAAGCAGCUUUUACAGUAUAAAAUAUAUUAUGCCUAAUGAGAGUCCUUGUAAACCAUAUAUACAAGUUUGUUUGUGUGUGUACUGGUUUUGGUAGUUUACAAGGACAGUUUUUUGUAUAAUGACAUAAAAUUACUUCGUUGUACUCUACUAAGGUGGUUUACGAGGACAUGCCUGGUGUUCUUGUGAUUUUAAAACAAUUAAAAAUAAUACUUUACAUGGUCUUUUGACAUUCAAAUUAUGCCACAUGUUUCUUGUGAGGGUUAGGUGUAGGGCCAGGGGCAUAUAAUAAUCUGUUUUACAGUAUAAAAUACAUUAUGCCCAGGGCUUUACAUUAACACCCACCAAAUGCGGGUAGAUUUCAGCGGUGGCAGGUAAGACGGACACUCCCACCAGCCACUUUGGCUGGUUGAAAAUAAUUUUCCCAGAUAAUAAUUCUUAAAAGCAGGGUUUGACAAUAAGGAUGGUCCAAUAAGCAUGCAAACGCGAUCUUAGAAUUGAGAAGCAACACGACUAACAAAAAUAAUUGCGUUUGCAAUUUCGAAUGAGAGGAUAAUCACUCGCGCUAACAGCUGAGGUGAUGCGCGCGAUUGUUUAAAACUGUUUAUAGUAUAUUGCUAUACUUAGCUUGUUUUGACAUUUAAAAUUUGUGGCUAAGAAAUAAUUAAUGAUUUGUUUAUCAUUAUUAUGUUUUGAUUUAUUUGUUCAGAGAUAAAUUUGGUGAAUCCUUCAUUUUGAGCUCUGAAAAUUAUGUGAAAUAAAAACUAAUUGUAAUACAAUGAAACCAUGACCCAUUUGCUCAUGAUUAUUGAGCAAACUCAUACACGACACACAAACAGUGAAAUGAAUGAGGAGGCAUGUGGAGAUAAUGCAAAAUCUAAAUCAAGUAAUUUUAGCAUGUCUAAGUCAUAUUUAUGUGUAUAAAAUAUAUUUUUCCUCAGUGGCUGGUGAUCAAAAAAGUUAAUGUCAAGCCCUGAUUAUGCCUAUGAAGAGUCCUCAUAAACCAUAUAAAUAAGUGUGUGUGUUUGUGUGUGUGUGUGUGUCUGUGUACUGGUUUUGGUGGGACAAUUUUUUUGUAUAAUGACAUGGAAAUGACUUAGUUGUACUCUACUUAGAUGGUUUUACAAGAACAUGCCUGGUGUCCUUGUAAUUCAAAUCCCUUAAAAAUAAUACUUUACGAGGUCUUUUGACAUUCAAUUGAUGCCAGACGUUUCCUGUGAGGGUUAGGUUUAGGGAUAGGGCCAUAAAAUAAUCUUUUUUGAGUAUGAAAUACAUUACACCUAUGAAAAGUCCUCAUAAACCAUAUAGAUAAGUGUGUGUCUCUGUACUGGUUUUGGUAGUUUACAAGGACAUUCUUUUGUAUAAUGACAUGGGCAUCACAUGGGAGUUGUACUCUAUUAAGCUUGUUUAUGAGGACGUGCCUGGUGUCCUUGCAAUUCAAAAUACAAAUGAUACUUUACGAGGUCUUUUGACAUUCAAAUUUUGCAACGUUUCCUGUGUGUUUCCUGAGUUUAGGCCUUAUAAUAUGUUGUUUUUACAAUGGAGAGUCCUUGUAAGCCACCAAUACCAACAUGUGUGUGUUGAGUCAGUAGAGCAGCGGCAGCCUCUAUUGACAGGACUGUGGCGAUUACUGUUACAUGCAAUCGUUGUGUUUUUAAAGGACGUCUUCGAUUUUAGCACAAUUUGAACUCGCUAAAACUGACAAGCACCAAAACCACCAAGACAGAAUGUGUUUACAUCUCUUUCCGGUUGUUCACUCAAUUAACCACAAUCAAAAUGCUUGAUAUGGGGCUUUAUUUUCCGGCUCAUGUACGGGGAGGUUCGUGUCAUUCUCAAUACUCGAUUUUACUGUUAAUAUACAAAACAAGUAAUUGAGGUAUUAUGAUGCAGUUGUGAAAUGAAAAUAACCAUGGUACUAAAACAUUAUAAAAUAUACCUUGUUAUUUAUAGGGUACUUUAUUAUUGUAUUAUAAUGGUUCAUAAUCAUAACAACAUUACAAUAGCCUCACUUUUUUUGUAAAGUGUAUCGUCCCAGAUAGGCUUUGUUUUGUUGUUGUUUUACUAUGUGAUAAAUGUAUUAUGGCUAUGCUGUUUUAUAUUUAAUGUGAUAUAAUGCGUCCAGUGCAUUGGUAUAAAUGCUCAUGUUUUUAAAGAUACAGUUCACUCAAAAAUGAAGCUUCUGUCUACAUUUACUGACCCAAACAUGUUUGAUUUAACUUUAUAAAACUUUUCAUAAGUAACACAGUAAAACAAUGUAAGCAUUAGUUGGUUUCAGACCCCCCAAAAUGGUGAAUGAAUCAUUUUCACUCAGAAAUUGUACAAAAAAAUGGAAUAACAUGCAUUGAAUGUAAUGUGAAUUGUUGAAUACAGAGUAUAGGACGUGGUUUAAGUGUUUUACAAACGUCAAGAUAUGGGUGUAAUAAUGUUCCAGCAUCUUUCAAUGUAAAAACUACAUUUAUGUAAAGAUUAAACAAUUAUAUAUAAUAGAUAUAAAGCGAUGAUGCUUUUAAUUAAUGUUAAAUUAGUCUAUUGUAUUUGUUGCUUUUGUGAGAAAAACCAUCAUAUGUACGAAACAGAAACUCAAGUGACUUUAUGUCAGCCAUUCAAAAAAAAAAAAAAAAGUUGGUUUAUCUUGAGCAAAUUGACCAAAAAAAUGACAUUUCUAUUGUACAGAAAAAUAAAAUACAAAUAUAAUGAUUAAACUUGCAGAAAUAAUCAUAACUGAGCUCCAGUGUUUUAACGGGAAUAAAACAGAAUAAAAAAAUGCAGAAAUACAUUUAAAAAAGCAACUGUGAAAUUUGUAAGAUUGUAUAAAUGUAAUUGUGCAAUGUUCAAUCAUAUACGUCAUAAGUUUCAUAGCAUCAUUAGCUAACUUAUUCUCAUUAGAUUAUAAGUAGACUGUUAGGUUGGGGUUAGGGUUAGUGUAAGUUGACAUGUACUUUCAAAGUUUCUUAAAGUCAGUUAAACAUCUGUUGAAGGAGCAGUAUCAGUGGAUAUUAAGCAGACAGUCUACUAAUACUCAAAUGAGAAGAAAUUGGCAUGUAGUGUGCAAUACAAAAAGUGUAAUAGGGACCAUCAAAAUAAAGUCUUACCGCUUUUUGCUGAAUACAUUUAAUUUAAACCUUAAAAUGCAGACCAGAAAAACAAUACAGAAAACAAAAACAGGAAAUCUGUUUUAUUUUUUUACUUUUUAUUCAUUUAUCUAGUUUUAACAUCUUAAAAAUGACACAAAACCAAAGAAAACCGAACAACAAAUAAAACAAUAUUGGAAAGAAAAAACAGAAUAAAACAAACAAACAAAAAAAAAGAUAUAUAAGGUCUUACGAAUACAAAAUCCCCUUUGCUUACAAAAAAAAAAAAAAAAUGAAGUAUAGCACUAUAUAUAUAAAAAUAUAUCAUAUAAAACUGUCUGAUAUUAUAGAAGAAUGUUGUAGAAGUUUGUGUACAAAUUUGUGUUGUGAUCAAGGUGACAAUGUAGAUCAAACAUUAUUUAUUGACCAUUCCAAUGUGGUCAUGUCAUUGGCCCAUGAACAUUUCUGCUUGCCAUUAAACUAUUUCAUAACUGCAACAGGAGGCAAUUCAAUAAUAACUUAAUGUUAAAACAGCUAUCCUAACAUUAUUGAUCAAUAUGUGGCUCUUUUUGAAUUCUCAGAUGCUAGAAACGAAAAAUGUAAAACAUAACAUACGUUGGGACCAUUGUUUUUGUUUACAUCCCUUAAAAUGGUCAAAUGUUUCUUAAAACAUUGGAUCCUUUUGACCAGAGAUGUCCAAACUAGGGCAAAAGUUGGCCCAUGGUAACCUUUGAUUUAGCCCACCAUCACAUCUGAGAAGAGACUCAGAAUGAUGGGAUGGUUUAGAGAUUGUCAAAUCAAAUUAAAUGCAACCCUUUGUUUGUUUAAUAGUUAAAAGCUAACUGAAAUUACAGUGGCGCAGUAACUAGUGCUGUCGCCUCACAGCAAGAAGGUCGCUGGUUCGAGCCUCGGCUGGGUCAGUUGACGUUUCUGUGUGGAGUUUGCAUGUUCUCCCUGUGUUCGCGUGGGUUUUCUCCGAGUGCUCCGGUUUCCCCUACAGUCCAAAGACAUGCAGUACAGGUGAAUUGGGUAAGCUAAAUUGUCCGUAGUGUAUGUGUGUGUGAAUAAGUGUAUAUGUGUUUCCCAGUGAUGGGUUGCAGCUGGAAUGGCAUCCACUGCAUAAAACAAAUGCUGGAUAAGUUGCCGGUUCGUUCCGCUGUGGCGACCCCUGAUUAAUAAAGGGACUAAGCCGAAAAGAAAAUGAAUGAAUGAAUGAAAAUAAUCAGAUUCUGUUUAAAUGUACAUAGAGUCACACGACAAUGCAGAGAAUUUGGUGAGCAAAUCAAGUCAAAGGCAGAUUCUGCUUGAUUAGUGUAUUCAGCAUUGAACUCCACUGUGUUAUAAAUGUGAUCAUUUGUUUUUAUUGCAAGGAGUUAUCAUUUUAAAAUGUAUACUGCAUUAGUUAUUACUAUUUAAAGUAACAGUAAUAAAAGUUUUUAUUUAUUUUGAAAUAUAUUAGGAAAUUACCUAUGGCAAAUUUAAUGUAAAAUAGUUCGGUAUAUUUACCUUCAGCCCACAGCUCUCAAUGAUAUUUGGUUUUUGGUCCUUCAUAUGAAAAAGUUUGGGCACCCCUGCUUUUUACUUUCAUUUUAUAGAGAAAGGCAAUUCCUUAAAAAAAUAUAUAACAAUAAAUAAAUACAUGCAUACAUACACAGUUCAAGUUUAUUACUUUUUUCCCCCAAUUCCUGUUUAACAGAGAGAAGAUUUAUUUUCAACACAUUUCUAAACAUAAUAGUUUUAAUAACUCAUCUCUAAUAACUGAUUUAUUUUAUCUUUGCCAUGAUGACAGUAAAUAAUAUUUUACUAAAUAUUUUUCAAGACACUUCUGUACAGCUUAAAGAGACAUUUAAAAGCUUAACAAGGUUAACUAGGCAGGUUAGGGUAAUUAGGCAAGUUAUUGUAUAACGAUGGUUUGUUCUGUAGACUAUCAAAAAAAAUUAGCUUAAAGAGGCUAACAAUUUUGACCUUAAAAUGUUUUUUUUUUAAUUAAAAACUUCUUUUAUUCUAGCCUAAAUAAAACAAAUAAGACUUUCUCCAGAAGAAAAAAUAUUAUUAGACAUACUGUGAAAAUGUCUUUUGUCAAACCUCAAUUGGCAAUUACUUAAAGACAAAAAAUUCAAAGGGGGGCUAGUAAUUCUGACUUCAACUGUAUGUAUGUAUGUGUAUAUAUAUAUAUCCUGUUCCAUAGAAGAAAGUACAGUAAAUGAUGGGUUUAAAGUAAAUGGUAGAAAAGUCAUUUUCAGGGUGAACUGUCUCUUUAAGUGUUUGUUUGUUUGUUUGUUUGUUUGAGUAUUUGACUAUUCUUUAGUGUCUGUCUAGUCUGAAGUGUUAGAUUAUUACUAUGUUAAAGUGAUGACCAGCUCCAGCCUUUAAAUAUCCAGUCUCUCUCUGUAUCUAUAUAUGUGUGUGUGUGUGUGUCAUUGUGCCCAGCGAUGUUGUUUACACUCUGACGGUUGUGUUUUAUUUGUUGAAAAAAAAAAAAAAAGACCAAAGGUGAAUGUGCAGUCGAGGUCAACACACAUCUGAUUUUGCACAAUGUGGGAUUCAUGAAGUUCUAACGGUAUGAAGAAAACUUAGAAAUGUGAUCUUUCUCAUUAAAAUACACAAUAGAAACGAUGGAAAGCAACGCAGGAAAUAUUUGAAGCGUCUACGUUUGCUGAACAUAUUUUGUACAUUUACUCUGACGCAUGUUCACCUGUACCAUGUGCUUCGAAUUGAAACUAUCUACAUAUGUAUCAUUGUAGGACAUUAUGUUUACUGUAUUGGCUGUGUAUGGUCUGUUUUGUUAUGAUGAAAUCUUCUGGGAGUGAUCGAUGAGUUCAGAUGGAGACAGUAUCUGCGAUGUUUAACGUCAGUGAAAAAAAUGAGCUCUUGAUAUUGAGAGCUGUAGUGUUAUUCCUGUGGCCUUCUUCAAAUGGAAGACUCCGAGAGCCUUUCAGAUGUACUUUACUAUUGAUGUUCAUCAUUUUCAAUAAAUCUUAUCUAAGAUAUUA